CACCUCACACCACCACCCACUCCAGCACCGCACGCCAUGUCCGCCGCCACCUCGUCCGCCGGGCCCUCGGCGCCCAUGUGGACGUGUCUCUCCUGCUCCAUCGGCUUCCCCAGCCCCGACGCGCAGCGCGAGCACUACCGCUCCGACCUGCACCGCUACAACAUGAAGCGCCGCGUCGCCGGCCUGCCCGCCGUGCGCCAGGACGUGUUCGCCAGCAAGGUCUCAGAGAUGCAGGGCGCCGCAGAGGGCGGCAAGAAGGAGGAGUCGGAUCGCUGCGAGGCAUGCGCCAAGAGCUUCUCGUCCGCCAACGCAUACCGCUCGCAUGUCGCUUCGCGGAAGCACAAGGAGACCGAGGCCGCCUUCCAGGCCAAGGGCGCUGCAGGCCCGAGCACAGUCAAGGCAGGCGUCGUGAGCGGCGAGGGCGAUGCGGCGCUCGACGACAUCAAGGACCUGUCAAACGCGCUGAGUGCUUCCAGCACCAACGCAGCGGCCAGCGCGGCUGUGCGCAACGGCAGCCUGGAGGUGUCUGAGGACGCGACAGAGCAGGAGAUCGAGGCUGCCAUCGACAUGCGCAUCGCCUCGGCGAAGCGCAUCGACCCGCGCACCACCUGCAUCUUCUGCCUGCAGCACCCGUUCGCCUCGCUCGACGAGUCGCUCGAGCACAUGCAGCGCGCCCACGGCCUCUACGUGCCCGAGCGCGAGUACCUGACGGACUUGCCUGGCCUCAUGCUUUACCUCGCCGACAAGGUCGCCGUUGGCCACCUCUGUCUCAUGUGCAAUGGCCGCGGCCGCGGAUUUGCGACGGCCGAGGCGGCGCGCAAGCACAUGCUCGACAAGAGCCACUGCAAGAUCGCGUACGAGCAGGACGACGAUGUGAUGGAGCUGAGCGACUUCUACGACUUCACCAGCAGCUACCCGGACGCCGAGUGGGAGGAUGCGAGCGGCAGCGAGGUUGGCAGCGAUGAUGAGAUGGUCGACGGCGAUGCCGACGAGGAGGAGUCGGACCUGCCCAAGUCCAACGGCAUCCGCUACGGCGACUCGGAGAUGGAGCUGGUGCUGCCGUCGGGCAAGAGUCUGGGCCACCGCUCGAUGCGCCGCUACUACAACCAGAACCUGCGGCCCUCGAACGACGCGCCGGCGUCCGCUGGCAAUGGCUCGGCCCUGGCACAUCGCCUGGCCCAUCACGCAGCCCGUCGCGAGCGCGAUGGCGAGAAUGGAGACUUGCUGCACGAGCGUGGCGGACAGGUCGUCAAGGCUCGCAACCGCGGCGAGGCGCGCGACGCGAAGCGGCACAUCACGGAGUUCCGUGACGUCAAGCAGCGCGAGAUGUAUCGCACCAAGGUCGCGUACAAGGCCAACAGCCAGAAGCACUUCCGCGACCCGCUGCUCCAGUGAUCGACGCGCUUCUCCGUUCCUCGUCCCUCUGCAUCUUCAGGUCUGGCUGCGCGCCAACUCUGUCACGCCACUGUCGCCGUCUCAGCAUCUGUGUUAAGAACAAUCAAUUCAGG